UGGUGAUGGUGGUGGUAGUGGUAGUGGUAGUGGUAGUGGUAGUGGUGUCUGCUACUUAUCUACACCAGAGCAACGUUGAUAGUAGCGAUGGUAGUGGUAGUUGUAGUGGUGGCAAUGGCGAUGAGGGCGAUGGUGGUAGUAAGCGUAGUGGUGGUGGUGGUGGUGGUGGUGGUGUGGUAGUGCGGUUUUAUCGUGCAUCCCUCUCGGACGUAGACGUCGCCCGUCGAUCGAUUUUGGAGAGAGAAUGACGUAUAUCUCGAGAAACGAUUUAGGAUUCUCCAUACGACAUUCCUCUUCGCACUGGGACCACUGUGAAUUAUUACGGCAAGUCGAAUAGAGAGGAGGGCUCACAUGGCUUCGACACACUCGAGAAUGGAAAGAGCAAGAGACAGCGGCACUAGCAGCAUCAGCACCACUAGCAACAGCAGUACCACAGAUAUACGUAGGUCGUACAUACGUAUGUACGUAUAUCUACGUACACAGACAAACGGACAGACAGACAGAUAGAUAGACAGACAGACAGACAGACAGA